UUUUCGUUGAGAAGAUUAAACAAACAUCGCAAUGCGGUCACAUAGUCAUUGUCGAUUUUUGGUAGCUGUUAAAUAAUAAUAAUUUCGUUUUACGCACUUUGUAGAGAUGAGCAAACAGCCGUCGUUUGUGUCGCGCAACCUGGUGGCCAUCGUGAUGAUCCCCAGUCUGGUGGGGAUCCAUCUGGGCUGGAGCUACAUGCAGAGCAACCGGAAACUGGUCACGGAGGCGGAACAGAUCGACAUGCCGCCGGUCACGUUUGCCAGGUUUGCGUGGAACAAGCUUACGGGCGGAGGAAGUUCGGCGGAGUGACAAACCUUUUUGUGAUGAGCUUAAGACAUACAAUCUAUUUAUUGUAUAGAAUAAUUAAAACUACUUGCAAACGGUAUGGUACAAUCAA